GAUAACAGGUUACUAGUGGCCACUGGGAAUGCAGGCCGUGGUCAAACUGAAGAUACAACGAAGGCUGGAAGCAGCACAAUGGCAAUGGGAUCAGGGCUGCGCUGCGUGGGAUUUGGCUGCAUCCACGCGCCUGUGCCUGGCUCUAUCUACUGCAGCAACCGCUGCAUCUUGAAACACGCGGCCUAUGCCAUCCAGCGGCUGGAGAAGAGCCGAGAGAUGCACGCCAAUGGCGGGAAGCCCACGACGGUCGUGUCGGUCAAGCAGGAAAUCAUCUCCUUCGUGGUUGCAAAUGAUAAGGUGAAAAAGAGGAGCAGCGUUGUCCCCGAUGAUGUUGAACGUGAGAAAGGGGAAAGCAUUAUCCCACUAGAGCCCAGGCGCGCGGCUUUAAAUAUUGAGACGGACGAGGGAUCAACUCGUGAUCGAAAGGCUCAGCCCACUCACGAGGGAGGGGUCAUCCCAUCGGGCGUCUUCUACAAGCCCGAAGCAAACGACAACAAAGAAGCUCGCCUUCGUGACACCCUGCACAUCCUGCGCGAAGAGAGGGCGGACAAGCGUCAGUCGCUCGCGUCCGGCAAGAAGCGCCGCUUGGCGCCCAGAGAGGCGAGGGAUAAAAGGGAAAUGAAAAAUCAGAAUUCAAAUGAAAUCGCGGGCGAGGCCCAGCAGCACUGCAACCCAGCGAAAGUCGCCAAGGUUGCAGCGGUUGACUGGCAAAUUCGUCAGACAGUAAGGAAGGCCUUCAGGGAUACAUUGCUGAAAAGGUUUAAAGAGAUGGGAGGACAGAAAGUGAAUAUGAAAGAUGUUGCCAGGCUUGCUCUUCAAAUUGAGAAAGAGUUGUACGCUUUCUUAGGCCAUGCUGAAAGCAAAUACAAGACAAAAUACAGAACCUUGAGUUUUAAUUUGAAGGAUCAAAAAAACAAGGGGCUCUGCGGGCAGGUGCUGGCCGGCGAAGUGAGCCCACACACUGUGGUGAGAAUGAGUCCCCAGCAAAUGGCAUCCCAGGAACUGGCAGAGUGGCGGGCACGAGAAAACAAGCACACGAUUGAACUGAUUGAGAGAGAGCAGCAGCAAAUGGAGAAAAGGCCAAUCACAAAGACCACGCACAAAGGACUCGUGGAGAUUGGUGACGCCACCUCUCUGGUGGACAUGCAGAACUCUACCAUGGAGAGGGAAGUAGAUAAAAGGAGCGGGAGAAAAGCAUUUCUUCAGAGAAGGCCUGCGCUUCUGGAUGCAGCCAAGCAAGGCGCGUCUCAAUUGUCUGAUCACAACUGGAAAUUCUGCAAAGUGAAGGACACUGAUGAACCGUCCUCAAAAAAGGCCCAGCCUGCCGCCAGCCCCCAACAGGCAGAGUUGGGUGAGAGGGCAUCCCAGCAUCCUCCGGCUUCGGCUGACAUGACGCACAGCUCCACGCCUGAUGCAGGACCACCACUGAACGGAGAGGCCGGAGACACUCACGGAGGCGAGGCGGCUGAGAGCGCUGCGGCACAUUCGAACGAGUCCCCUCGGGUCUCCGGCGCAUCUCCGCACACCUUGUCUUCACCAGCGCCCACUGAAGUGUUGCACAAUGAUGACAUUAAUGACAGUCUCGAGGUUAUUGUCAAUGAUGAUGGCGAUGACGACGACGACGACAACGGCGUUAAUCGCGAUGGGGAUGAAACAACGUGCGCCCACGGCAGCGGAGGGUCCGCGCCGGGUUUUCAGCAGGACACCACAGGAGGGCAGCCGACACGCAGGCCGAUGGAAGAAAGCUGUGGGCUCAUCCAAAAGAUCAGAGGAAGCCAGUCUUUGUGUGAUGCUAUGCCAGAGAUUGUGCAGGGGCCUUUGGUCGACGUGCAUGUCAGUGAGUUGCCUUGCAAGCCUUUGAAUGAAUCUGAUUGUGAAGAGAAAUGGAUCUCAUCUCCUGUCACCGACACACAGCAGCUGGCACACAUCAGAUCUCCGGAGAAAGGUAAAGAUGCGAAAGCUGCAUCUUUGCUGGCAGAGAUCUGGAAAGGGUUUAUUGGGCUUCCCAAUGUGGCCAAGGUUGUCAUGAAGGCCUAUCCUGUGUCCGGCCCUACAGACAAUCUCACUGAGGAUUUACCGGAUUCAAUUCAAAUUGGGGGGAGGAUUCAUCCGCAGGUGGUUUGGGAUUAUCUUUAUAAGCUCAAAGCAACUCCCUCAAAGGAGGCCUGCAUCAUCCGCUUUGUCCCGGCAUCCGUGGAGGAACGCGACGGGUACCAGUCCGUGUUCUCGUACCUGAGUGGCCGAAAGCGUUACGGCGUAAUUUCCAACAACUCACACUCGGUGAAAGACCUGUACAUCAUCCCGACGGGAGCCGGACAGAAAUUCCCAAGCAGUCUGCUCUCUCUGCUAGGCCCAGGACUGAACAACACAGAGACAGGGGCAAUUGUGGGCGUGCUGGUUCGUCAGAAAGUCAAACGGCAGCAAGCCGAAGAGCAGAUCCGUGAGGGCCCUGCCGAUUGUCGCGCGGAACAACGAGCGACGAAGACGUGCGACGCUCAAAGGCGAGCGCACCCUCCCAACGCCUGCCUCAAGUGCACGGGGGCCUCUCACUCCGCCGACGCGAGGAAUCCAAAGGCGGAAAAGAACGGCCCAGAGAGUCAAUGCGAUCAAGGCGGCGCUGCGCGCAAAAAUUCGGACAACAAUUCCAAAGCUGAAUGUGCCUCGACUGGGAAAAUUUCACCGAUCGCGGAACCAACGCACCACGGCGGUGGACGCGAGCCGGCAGACCUGCAGAAAGUCGCACGUGGUCAUUGUCAGCUGAGUCAGCAGCAGCCUCUGACUGGCACCGCCGCAGCGUCAGAUCGACCACAGAACAGCUCAAUCUUAGGUUCAGAAGAACAUGCCCAAAGGGGCCACUCGGUGAAAACAUCGACUCGUGGAAGCAAUCCCGUUCGGAGAGAACAAACGGGAAAAUUUAAUAACGAGACACCAAUUUUAAAUUUCAAAUUAAACCAAAAAAAUGGUCUCGCUGGCAAAAAUGUCGAUGCUAAAUCUAACGGCGUCCCCGGUGAGGUGUUCCCGCACUCUGCCGUCAUCCAACACAAUCAAGACGCAUCCCAGAUAAUUAAUAAGCAACCGUUAAAGGGGAACAAACGCGCGGAAGUCCGAAGGGAGCCAGUGCCGAUGGCGAACAACCCGGGCGGUCAGGUCUACCGCCGCCUCUUGUUUUCCACCGCAGCCUUGUCGGAGAAAGGGCACGGCCUUGCUUCGACGGAGAUUAACCCCACGCGGAGCCAGACGGAUGUCUCGACACCGAACGCCGCUACGGCGAGGGCACCGAGGGACCCACGCACACGCCGGCCUGGCGCUUUUCCUAACGUUCCGGUGACGGAUGCGCGGCACGCAGCGGCCGUGCGUGGAGCGGUGAAGGAAGACGGUCAAGGCGACACGGUGCCACGGAAUGUCACGGAAGGUCUGUCCGUGAGAGGGUGUGCCGAUGUUCAAAGUUGCAGAGCAAAUAACGAUUCCAACCCUCUGAUUACAACGCCCCCAAAUGUGCCUCAUUUGUCGAACGCGAUUCAGAAACGUGUGAGCGCACCACGGCUGCCCUCGGCGCAGGAACCGACAGAGGCGGGCAGAGUAUUUGAGUGCGAGCCGAUGGAAAAGAUUUGCGCUGUUGCCACUACCCGUGGCGGCGUAUCGCCACCGGUGAAUGCCCGCGUGCCUCCGCCAUCCGAAGAAGCUUUGGGACAAACGAAGGCUCUUCUUCCGACGCCUCCACCACAUUCACAUGUGCCGCCCGACGUUCUGGAGAGCCCCCCCAGUUUUGGUUUCCCUCCUCCCAGGUGCCCUCCAGGUCCGCCUCCAUUCCCAAUUGGCCUCUUCCCGCCCUUGGAGCCACCGCCGUUUGAGCAACCCUUCUUUGAAUACUACGACCCUCGGCCCAGGUUUCCUGCCCGGAUGCCUUUCCACCACUUGGCUCAGGAAUUCCAUCCACGCUGGUUUCAUCCUUUCCACCAACCAAGGUGGCCUGCGGUGGGUCCACUCUUCCGCCCCUAUUCUGUGAGGCCUCCACGGAGAAGAUUUCCUCGUGCCAUAGACGAUGUCUGAGAGGGGUCAUCGUUUUCAUCCUCGGCGUCCAGAAGCUUUCACCGCCUUCCAUUAUACACAUAUUUUGCCACUUGCAAUCAAGCGAUACGUUGCUUCGGCAUCGUUUUGUUGCCGGUGAUUUUACCCCAAUUGUGCCAGUUCGGUGUCAUGUCAUGAGAUCAAGAAUCCAUGCGUAUCUCUAGCAGCCCUUCAGGUGAGAGAAUGGGCUGCAGAAGCGCAUGUCACAGCUAUUCCUUGAGAUCCUUGUGAUCCACACAGGAGAGGGCAUACAUUUCCCCGCCACUCUGUGUAUUAGGGUAAUGUUUGCCAGGUGACAGUCAAAGUUCGAAUUUUUUAGCCAGAAGAAAAUGUAGUGAAGUGUCUUGAAGGCACAGCAGGAAGCAGUUCAACUGCUGCAUGGCCUGCAGGCUCAAGCAGGGUCACCGUGGCAGCUGAAUUAAUUGUCUGAAUUCACAUUCAUUGGUGCCUAGGAACCAAAAAAAUCUCAUCUAUUUUUAAGUUCUGAUCCAAUUAUACAACAUUAUUAUUUUUCGAUUUAAAGCUUUCGUGACCUCAGGGAUUCAUCUUCUUGGUUCUUUCGGUAAAGUCACG